UCCAAACAUGUAGACCUACCGUUUCCGUGCGUUCCGACCAAAUUCCGUAUGAGAUAACCCCUCCAAGAUGGAGGCACUUGGGGGUUACCGAACCAAGUCCUCGACAGGAAAAGAACGAACUUUGAAGAUAUUUUUAAGUUUAGCAGUCUGCAUGGGUGGGCUAUUUCUAGUCCAGCACAAACUCACCAGGACAACAAAACCCAAAGAUUUCUAUUCCUUCGAAGUCGUGGAUGCCAAAGGCAGGACAAUAUCAUUGGAGAAGUAUAGAGGCAAAGUCUCUUUAGUUGUAAACGUGGCGAGCCAGUGUGAGCUGACCGAGAAGAACUACCGGGCCCUGCAGGAACUACAUCGCGAGCUCGGGACGUCGCACUUCAAUGUUCUGGGGUUUCCCUGCUCACAGUUCGGUAACACCGAACAAGGGACAAGCCGAGACAUCGAGGCAUGGACCAAAGCAACAUACGGCGUCACGUUCCCAUUCUUUAGCAAGAUCAAAAUAUUGGGAUCUGAGGCCAACCCAGCCUUCAAAUUCCUCACAGAUUCUGUGCAGAAAGCACCAAAGUGGAACUUCUGGAAGUUUCUGGUGGGUCCUGACGGGCAGGUGGUGAGGUUCUGGAAAGCGGAGGAGCCUUUUGAUCAGAUACGGCAGGAGGUCACAGCACAAGUGCGCCAGAUCAUUCUGAAGAAGAGGCAGGAGCUGUAACAAGUGCUCAUCUCAUGGAUAAGUAUUUGCUGGCCUGGUGCACACAUGAAGGACCGCUGCUUCGCAAACUCCGCAAAAUGCUGUUUGUCUCAGCCCCAGAGUAUGGUUCAGAGAGGAGGCAGCCGAUUGAUCUCUGUAGUUCACAGAAUAAACUAUUUGCUGUUUGUCUUGAAUGAAUGAAAAAAAAUAACAAAAGUAAGGUACUAAAGCCACUCAUAAAGAGCCACAGAACAUUGCACUCUCAAGACAAGAUUUAACACAGUGGAUAGGUCACACGAUUUCUGAGAUGUUUUUUUUGUUGUUGUUGUAAGUUGUGGUUGUAUGGUUUUGUCAUUAAUUCAUAUUGUUUCAGAUUGUUAGAAAUUGUCUCCCUGUGUCUGACUUGUGAAAUAGGCUAUAGGUUUGAAUUAUGACUUUGAAUUUGCCAUAUGUGAGACUGAAUUAACAUUCUGAAGAAAAGUGCAGUAGUAUCAUGUUUGACCAUUCCCUAUGUGCCUUCUAUUGCAUGAACCACUGAGAAAUAUCAGGGAGUAACUUGGAGUAUGGAAAUAUGUGUCAGUAAUAAUAAACUGUUGUCUAGUA